AUGGCCUCGUCCACCGAUCCGGCCCCCCUCCAGCAGCUCGAAGUGGCCGUCCACUCCGCCCAGGCCCUGUGGCACCGCCUCGCUGCCUCCCUCGACACCAUCUACAAGAACCCCUCCACCACACCGACCAACCAACACGAUAGCAAACCCAUCAUCCCCCUCGACCUCGCCCGCGACGCCGCCACCCUCGUCCGCGCGCACACCACCAAGCUCGGCCUCCUCGCCGUCACCGCGCCCUUCACCCCGUCCGCCGUGCUCGACGUCCUCGCGCAGCUGCAGUCCGGCCCCGUGCUCGGCCUCGCCUCCGCCGCCGAGGCCUGCGACCCGGCGUUGUACACGGCCUUCUUCCGGAAGGAGCUGGCCUGGCGCUGCCGGCGCGUCCUGCUCGUGCUCGCGGACCUCCUAGGCACAAUCGCCACGGACGGCGCCAAGCCCCCCGCCGCCGACAACGAGGACGGGGAGGGGAGGUCCAGCCUCCCGGCGACGGGCAAGGUGUGGGCGGCGUGCGACGAGGUGCUGGCACUGAUCGCCGGCGGCGUCGGCGGGCACUUUGCGAAGAGGGUGGACGAGUGGAGGGAUUCCAUGGGAGAUGUCACGGAGGAGCUCAAGGAAUGGGGUGAGCAAGAGCCGGAGGACGACGACGACGACGACGACGACGAUGUUGCCAGCGAUGUAGCCCACGAAUCCAACCUCGACACGGAAAACACCACAUCUUCCAACCAAGCCAUGCUCGACGAGCUCAUGAGCUCCGGCCGGCCCAUACCCAUCGACGACCCGCACGGCAUCCGCCCGCGCCUCGACUCGACCCUCCGUCGCCUGCGCCUCGUCGUGCUCCUAUACCAAGCCAUCAAUAAGCGUCGCUUCAAGAAGCUGCCGCCCUUCCCCCUACCAGACACCGUUACCUAUAAAACGCUGCCCGAGCGCCUCGACGAGGUUGCCCGCGUGCUGGGCGGCCUGCCCAGCUCGUUCGACGACCUGGCCGACGCCUUUUACAACAUGGAUCCCGUCGUUAUUGACCAGGAUAUCGAUGAAUGCUUCUUUGCUGCUUUUGCUGCCGGGGAGCUGCUCAGCGCCUCGUGGGACGGCAGCCAGGAUGAAUUUUCCGAGUGGGUGGAAAGGUUCAAGACUGGAAUUAAGAAGAGCUAG